UCAUCAGCUUUUGAAGGUGGAACACAAACCCUUCAACUGAGGAAGCCAAUAUGACCUCGCCCAUUUCCUCUGGUUAGUCCCCCCUGCCUACCAGCAUUACCUCCUUUCAAUGCAUGUUGAGUCUCGGCUAACUAGCUUUCAUUCAAGCCUCUAAGUGCUGGGAAAAAUCAAACAAAUAUACUAUCUGGGGCUUGUGAAACAGAUGUACAACUGAGUGUCAUCCACAUCUAGAAGUCAACUCAAUCUGCAGUGCCUCAUUAUGUAGCUUAAUGCCCUCCCAUACACAUUGAGUAAAGAGACAUGACAGAACAGAACUCUGUGAUGAGACAGCUGUAGGCACUGAUGAGAAAUCAUCCAAAACUAUUCUUUUGGGGUCUCACAAACAGACAAAAAUGGACUGACCAAAUCAUUCUGGCUAUUCCUGCCAGAGUCUGCAGCAUAUCAAUGAUAUCAAAGGCUCUGCAUAUAUCUGUAAACUAAUGGUGCAAAAGUGCUGUAUCAGAGAAGAGAAUUUGGCUGCUAAUUUUCAGCUAUUGCUAGGAAGAAGUCACUGACUGAUGGAAACAGUGUAGUCUCUAUCCCAAACACAGGCUUAAAGCUGGAGUGACUAAUCGAGGAAAUCUGAGAACUCCAGGUAUUGCCAUCACCUUCUGCAUAAUGUUUCAUAAAAGAGGGAGAUUAGACUGAGUGAAAAUUGGUGAUAGAAUCAAGUGAGUGUUUCUUGAGCAAAGAAUUGAUCAUAUCCUCUUUAAGGGGUGCUCUUAGGGAGGUCUUGAUAAUCUCCAGACCUAAAAUUCAUAGAAUAGCUGCCUACCUCUGAUUUGCCUAACACCUCUCCAGCUCACUGAGAAGAAAGGGGUAAAAGCCCAUUUCCUGAAAUCUUAGACUUUAAAAUAUAUUUUAUUAGCAUUGUGUUAAAGGACAAUAUAGUGUCAACAUUAACUCUAAUGAAGUUUGUUUUGGUGGUGGGUUUGUGCACCUGUGUGUGUCGGAAGGGGGAGGUUCUAAGAUUAUGGAACAAAUUUUACACAGCACCCAGCUGCACCAUACAUACUACUUAGUCUGGUUUCAUGCUGUGAAUUGCGUGUCACCUAUAUUAAUUAUUAGUACCUAGGAACGAAAGACAAUGAAGUAAGACUUACGGAUGGAGUAGGAGCCUUUUAACUUUGAAUGUUUUGGCUCUGGUAUAUUUAAGUCAGCUGCCUAUGGUUACUCUAAUGCAGGGGUAGGCAACCUGCGGCACAUAAGGUGAUUUCCAAUGGCACUCACACCGCCCAGGUCCUGGCCACUGGUCUGGAGGGCUCUGUAUUUUAAUUGAAUUUUAAAUGAAGCUUCUUAAAUAUUUAAAAAACCUUAUUUACUUUACAUACAACAAUAGUUUAGUUAUAUAUUACAGACCUGAAGAAAGAGACUGUCUUAAAACAUUAAAAUGUAUUACCGGCACCUGAAACCUUAAAUUAGAGUGAAUAAAUGAAGACUCGGCACACCAGUUCUGAAAGGUUGCCAACCCCUGCUCUAAUGCAUAUGAGAAUUGUUCUGCUUAUUUCUAGCAAAGUAUUGCUUUUGCUGCCAUGUAAAUGCGCGUGAGAAAAAAUUCAGCACCCGGGGCCUUACGACUAAAGGAAGCUGACGUCUUUGUUUUGCAAAUCUUUACUAUGCUAAUUAAAAAAGAACAAGGGCCCCAUCCUGCCAAGCAUCAGUAAUGGAGUCCUAGGGUGAUCCCGUACAGAACAUACUACUUUUUCCCCUUGCUUUGUUUUUAUUUUCAUCCCAGAAACUUGGUGGUAAAAUGAAUUAAUAAAUAAAAUGUGUGAGUGGGUGGGAGAUGAGGAAAACUAAUACGAUUAAAGCUGAUUUGGGCACUGGCAGAGAGUUCCUGUCGGUAUUAGGGUAACAGCUGGUGCACUUCCCAUUAGAGGAGAAAGUGAAGAACUUGCCUUAAAGGAUGUGUCUCUGUUAGGCUGAGGGGGAACUGUUACAGUGAGCCUGAAGGAAUGUGUCCCAAGGUAAGUGAAUGUCAAUGGCAGGGAACAGAGUUGAAAUGGUACUGGGGCUAAGGCCUCCCUGUCUGAUAGUGACAGGCUCUUGUAAAGGGGUGAAAUAUGUGGGGAACAAACACAUAGCACUUAAAUGAUUGGAGUGAUGGAGCUCUAGAGAAGGCUAAACUGCCUAGCUGCUCUCAGCUUGAGGCUGGGAACAAACUGUUUCAUGUUCAGUGGCAGUUUUUCAGAAUUAGUGGCGAAUUCAGAGAGGACGUAAAAGGUGAUGUAACCGAGACUUUUUUAGUCUCAGACUCCCUCUUUUAUAUAUCCACUUACUGAUGCAUGAGCCAAGGAAAGAGAAGCCAGUUUAAUUUACAUGUUGAAAAGGAGUUAUUUGAAGAUGUACAUUAAAAUAGGGCUGGCCUGCUUUCAUGUACACAUUCAUUCACGUGUGAUAAAUAUUUGUGUACACAUUCUCUAUUACUUUUCAAACCUGCACACUGCUACAUGUAGGCAGCACCGAUGAUAAGAAACAGGAAUAAGUAUAUUCUGUCUGGCUUAGGCAUUUAUUUAAUGCCAGUUACCAUAGGCUCUGGGAAAAAAGAGCUUUAAGUUCCUGGAUAGAUAGCAGGCGUUAACUUUGUGAAUAGUGCUUCCUCAUAUUUAUAUUAGAGUUUAAAGAUGAAAUCUUGAUAUUAACAAAAAAUAAAUAGGGAUUUAUCUUUGGCUUCAAAGGUAGAUUUCAAAUUUAGCAUCUUGGAUGUUUCACCAUCACCAAUGUCAACAGAAGAAGAAAAUUUAGAAAAAUAGUUAAUUAUUAAACAUUGAUGGAUAUAAUUAGCAAAGAUAUUCUGGGGUCAAUACAACCCAUACUUCCAAAGCCUUGAAGGGUUUGCUCUCAGCAGAACCGCUGUGGUUCUGUUGUGCACAGUGGAGUCUGGGUAUGUGCUCUUCCCCACCCACUGCCAUGUGAUUCAGAACCCCGCUUGGUGUUGUCUCCAUGUAUCAGUGUGCAGGUGGAGCAGGGACAGAAGAUCUGCUGCUACAUGGAAUCCUUCACUGGGAUGGGCAUGAAGUAGUUUCCAUGGAGCAGCUCCACAGACUUGCGGGAUAGAUGUUUCCAUCUCGUGUACUGCACAGUCACUUGGGCAGGGCGGUGGAGGAUGGAAUGAAAGUCAUUGGAUGGGUAUGCACAAUCUUGUGCUUGGUUUCGUACACUGCUGCCUUCUCCCAUGGUGCGAGUCUUUCUGCCUGUGGUGACAUGACACCCAAACAUAUAAGAGCUCAGCUUCAGAACCCCCGGAACAACUAUAUCACUCUCCACACCAAUAUGUCCUUCUACUUUCCAGGUGAUAAGGUACCAGUGACAGUGAGGAGCACUCGUGAUUUCAUGGGCUUUUUGCUUCAAGCUCGCAGGGUAUCUAAUGAUCAAGUUGCUGGCACUUUUGUUUUUAUUCCUCCGGGUUCCAAACUGCUGACUUGUUUUGAAGAUGGAGAUUCUGUAACCCAUUCUGACAAGUCACUGAAGAGAAACCUGUCAUUUGUGUGGAAGGCACCUGCCCAGCCCAUUGGAGACAUCAAGUUCUUUUUAUCGGUAGUCCAGUCAUAUUUUGUUUACUGGGUAAGGAUUGAAUCUGCUAUUGUGUCCCACCAAAUACAAAACAGAACACCUGCUGAUAGUAGCAAGAAGUCCAGCACUAUAAUGCCAACACCACUGCAGAAACCUACUGAUUCAAAAGUAACAGUUACAGCAAGUAAAGGUUCUGCUACACCCAACAGUAUUACUGUCUUUACUCAGUCUGCAAAAUUUAUGCCUGCCAGACUGACUAGAAUUGCAGUGACAAAAGUACUGGAGCCUGCUUUUGGAAGCAGACAAGACACAGAACAACUUGAUAAGGGAAAGCAACAGCCUAAGACCUCUGUGGAUUCAGUAGCUUUGAGGGUCAGCAGCAGACAUGGAGGAGGGCAAGCCAACAGAAGCAGCAUCUACAGUGAUCAAAGUCUGGAGCCAUCACUUGAGUUUCAAGGGCUGGAUAUGGCAAACAUCUUGCGAAGUUUCAUUUUACAAGAUUAUACCUCCAGCCCCAGCACAUCUGAUGGAUCACCAAGCAUCUCAGGUGCUUCUACAUCACAACUGUGUUUGACAUGUAAGGAAAAUAUACAGGAGGUUGCUGUGAACUCCAACCAAAUGACAACAAAACCUGUAUUGCAGGCUACAGCUUCACUUUCCACCCAGCUUUGGUACACUUACCUGCUUGCAGUUCCAGGCACAACGUCACAGCAUAGAGAUGGGGAAGCUGACUUGGAUGUCUCCAGCAGUUUAUCAUCAGCUUCAAGGCAGAUGGCAGAGACGCGGUCAGUGACACAGAAGGCUUCAGCAAACUUCUUGCUGCAGUCAGAACAUGCAGUUUCUGGAGAGGAGGAGGAGAACCAAGAGGAGGUUGCUGGGAAUACACUUCCAUGGGUGACCAGACCCAUGCCUGAUGCUGCUGUUCCUGGGAAAGAAGCAGAACACCCCAGAAAAGGGGGACAAUUCAUAGCAGCCCAACUUGGCAUUCUCCUUGGCUGUACAGCUGCCCUCGGCAUGGCCCUGGCUGCUGGGCUGCGCUGCAUCCAUGCCCAGUAUUGUCACAAGCGAACAGAAGUGUCCUUUAGUGAACCAGACAAUGAUGUCAUCACAAUGAGAGAAGGUGGGGAGAUGAUGCAAUUCAGGAAGAUACGGGAAAACAGCUUUGUGCUGGUGCAGGCCGAAUACAACUGGAUCAGCCCAUCAGGCAGUGGAAAAAAGACAGUCAUCUAAAAAUACCUGCAAAUCCCACAUAGUGCUUUAUAGAUUAGGUAGCGUCAUAUGUAGGGCAGAUGGUAAAAAUUAAUCGGAAUGUCUAACGUGAAUACAGGAAGCUGCUGUAGUGUAGCUCCUAUAUAUAACCAUCUCAAUAAAUAUACUCCAACUGAAAAAUGAUGGAAGUAGUUGCAUGUUCUGAUCACAGUACAAAUGCAUGCAACUCAGUUACAGAUGUUAUGAAAAUCAGACGUUCUAAAUUACAGAUGCUAUGAAAAUAUAAGUAGACAUUGUUUAAAAUGUUACACUUAACACAAUAAAUAUUGUAUAGCUACUCAUUAAUUGUGCUAUUGUAGCCAUUACAUUUCCUUUGUUGCCUUAAGGUAUAAUCAAAAAUAGAAAUUCUUCCUUUGCA